AUGCCGUUCCACAGGCAGCACCAGGAGCACCAGGGUGUGGCUGUGGAGCCAGAGGUGGAAUCGGCUCCCACCAUCCCCCCUCUGCGCUCGGAGCACUUCAAGCCGUGCCACGAGAGGGACCUGGCAUACUGCCUGAACGACGGAGAAUGCUUCGUCAUCGAGACUCUGAGCGGCCCUCACAAGCACUGCAGGUGCAGGGAAGGUUACCAGGGGAUCCGCUGCGACCAGUUUCUGCCCAAAACCGACUCCAUUCUCUCAGAUCCAACAGACCACUUGGGCAUUGAGUUCAUGGAGAGCAAGGAGGUCUACAAGAGGCAAGUGCUGUCAAUCACAUCCAUCGCCGUGGGAAUCAGCCUUCUGGGCAUGCUCUGUAUGGCUCUCUACUGCCGCAACAAGAGGCGUCGAGAGAAGCUGCAGGCCCACCUAAAGGAGACCCGAAGCCUGAAGAACUACAGCGCCAACCGCCCGGUUCUGGAGCCCAAGACCAGCUUGAGACCCAGCCCUGGCCUUCAGCUACAGAACUACUGCAAGAGGGGUCCUCAUCCGGAACAUGCUGUCUCUCAGUCCAGCUUCGCCCAGUUCAACCCCCCUACUCCACCCAACAACUCUAAAGCUGGAAAACACCACAGAAGCGUCUCGCUGUCUCACAGCCCAGACCAGAGGUGUCGAGCCACCCAUUGGACAGUGCCUCGCAGAACUCCGCCCAUACCCAGAAGCAGACUCAAUCCCAUUGGAGUAUCCAAGCAUUCAGGUCCCGCCUACCAACACCUGCAGGAAAUGGAGUCCAGUGAAAGGGAGGUGGGGCCACAGACAGGGUGCCAGGGAGCGCGAGCCGGCUGUGACCCCCGACACGACGCCUUCCUGCGCAUGCAGCCCCCCUGGGUGGUGGAGCGCCUGGCGGGGUGGGGCAGCAGGGUGGAGGUGCACUGUGACAUCCAGGAGGUGACCUCUAGCUCCACCAGGAGCCUGAGCGGACCCCGACGCCCUAGUCCGUCCUCACCCCUUCCUUUCCGCUCCUGCUCCAUCCCCAUCAUCCCCUCGGUCCAGGCCCAGCAGGACGAGGUUUCCUGCAUGCAGACAGCCAGCGGCGGCCCUGCCUCCUCUACCACCUGCGAGCCUGGGCCCAGAAUCGACGGAGGCGAGGGUUUCGCCUUGAUAUCGCACGACAUCUCCAAUGCCACUUCCUGCUCGUAUGCCGUUGGUCAGCGGGACGAGGUGGCGCUGCUAUUGGAGGAGGCCCAGGAGCAGCUCAGGGCGUUGGCCCACGCUCACAGGAAGCACAGUGACAGGAAGGAGGACUGUGGCUCCGUCCUGGAGGCCAGAGAGAUUGUUUGCUUCUUGAUGCCCAAUGGAGGAGGAGCUGGGGGGUUUAGCUCUAAUGGACCCACGGAGACCCAGUUGCUAAGCCCUCAAAAACCCCACAGAGACAGAGCCCAGAGUGGCCAAUGAGAAGACAGUUUUGAGCUUCUCCAUUCUUGUUUUGCAGUGAACCAACCCUGGGGUAUUGGGGUCAAGACUGCAGAGAUGUGCGUGUUAGGGAUACGAUACAAUUUGUUGAAAAAAAUACAAACACCUGAAACAAAAAAAGAAUGAACUGUGGAUAGGGAACAGAUGAA